AACGAAGCCCGUAGUGAAGCAGGAGCGCCAUUCGAUUACACUCAGCACAUCCAAAAUGGCUGGAGCAGACGGAGACGACUCUCUGUACCCUAUCGCCGUGCUCAUCGACGAGCUGAGAAAUGAAGAUGUCCAGUUACGACUCAACAGCAUUAAGAAGCUGUCCACCAUCGCCUUGGCUCUUGGAGUAGAGAGGACCCGCACUGAGUUGCUCCCCUUCCUGACAGAUACCAUCUAUGAUGAAGAUGAGGUGCUCCUGGCCCUUGCCGAGCAGCUUGGAAACUUCACUAUGCUGGUCGGCGGGCCAGAGUAUGUCCACUGUCUCCUGCCUCCAUUGGAGAGUCUGGCCACAGUAGAGGAGACGGUGGUGCGGGACAAGGCCGUGGAGUCACUGCGCAAGAUAUCUCAGGAGCACUCUCCAGUUGACCUGGAGGUCCACUUUGAGCCCCUGGUGAAGCGGCUGGCUAGCGGUGACUGGUUCACCUCCCGUACGUCCGCCUGCGGUCUCUUCAGCGUCUGCUAUCCCCGAGUCUCCAGCACCGUCAAGGCUGAGAUUCGCCAGCACUUCCGUACUUUGUGUUCUGAUGACACUCCCAUGGUGCGUCGUGCUGCUGCCUCCAAACUGGGGGAGUUUGCAAAGGUCUUGGAGCUGGAUUAUGUCAAGAGUGACAUCAUUUCCCUCUUCACCGCUCUGGCCUCCGACGAGCAGGACUCAGUGCGUCUGCUGGCGGUGGAGGCCUGUGUGAGCAUCGCCACCCUGCUGCCUCAGGAGGAUCUGGAGACCCUGGUCAUGCCGACGCUGCGUCAGGCAGCUGAGGACAAGUCCUGGAGGGUCCGCUACAUGGUGGCUGACAAGUUCUCAGAGCUUCAGAAAGCGGUCGGCCCGGAGAUCACCAAGAACGAUCUGGUCCCGGCCUUCCAGAACCUUCUGAAGGAUUGUGAAGCUGAGGUCCGCGCGGCAGCAGCCAACAAAGUCAAAGAAUUCUGUGAGAAUCUUCCAGAGGACAGUCGUGAGCAGAUCAUCAUGACUCACAUUCUGCCAUGCGUCAAGGAACUCGUGUCUGACACCAACCAGCACGUCAAGUCCGCCCUUGCCUCCGUCAUCAUGGGCCUCUCCACCAUCCUGGGGAAGGACAACACCGUCGAACACUUACUGCCCCUGUUCCUGGCUCAGCUCAAGGACGAGUGCCCUGAGGUGCGCCUGAACAUCAUCUCCAACCUGGACUGCGUCAACGAGGUGAUCGGCAUUCGCCAGCUGUCCCAGUCCCUGCUUCCCGCCAUCGUGGAGCUGGCCGAGGACGCCAAGUGGAGGGUCCGCCUGGCCAUCAUCGAGUACAUGCCCCUGUUGGCGGGGCAGCUGGGAGUGGAGUUCUUCGACGAGAAGCUCAACACUCUGUGCAUGGCCUGGCUCAUCGAUCACGUGUAUGCCAUCCGCGAGGCGGCCACCUGUAACCUGAUGAAGCUGGUGGAGAAGUUUGGAGCAGAGUGGGCCCAGAACACCAUCGUCCCCAAGGUGCUGGGCAUGGCCAACGACCCCAACUACCUCCACAGGAUGACCACCCUCUUCUGCAUCAACGCCCUGUCGGAGGCCUGCGGCCAGGACAUCACCACCAAGCAGAUGCUGCCGGUGGUCCUCAAGAUGUCUAACGACCAGGUGGCCAACGUCCGCUUCAACGUGGCCAAGUCCCUCCAGAAGAUCGGCCCGGUCCUUGACAGCAAUGCCCUUCAGUCAGAAGUGAAGCCAGUGCUUGAGAAGCUGGCCACAGACACAGAUAUGGAUGUCAAAUAUUUUGCCCAAGAGGCCAUCAGUGUUCUGUCCCUGGCGUAAAUCCGAUAAAGCGGUUACCCACCCAACGGCACAACACAAAACACUUGCCAGAUAUUUAUUGAUGUUCAGAAUCAACUGGUUAAUGAAUAAAGAACUAGGCUGUUAACAACUGCUAUAUCCUUUUUUUCUUUUUUUACUGUUCAUGGUAGUUCUCAAAGUUGAUGAGAUUGCAUUUGUGGUGCAUGCUGAUGUGCUACUGUAACCCAUGCCACAUUCCUCCCCACCAACGCCCAUGGCCGCUAUUAUUCUGUACUCUGUCAUUGCUGUUUACCUUUCGGUCAACUAGCGCCUCUGGCUCUGUGCUGUGGCUCUUUCUCUCCCAGUGCUAGGACUCUUGUUAUCCAGCUUUUCCACUAAGAUGCGCUUGAAAUGGUGGAAUGAUGGUCAGUUGGCCAUGGUAGUUUAGGCUCGCUGUGCUAUUCGGUUGCCCCGUAAAGAGUUCCUAAUGAUUUGUCACUUGACGUUGGCUCUUAGAAUUCUUUGUGUACCAAAGAAUUGGGUUAAAGAACGCAAUCCUCGUUCCACCAUGGGUCCUCGCUUCAAGGCUCAUCAAAUGGGUUAUAAACCACCUGAGAGAGUGCAUGGUUUAUCAUUUUUGUGGGAUCCGGCCGAAAGGUUGCAUAAUGUUUUAUGGUGUUGGGGUGGUUAUGGGUGGGAUUGUAUUAUUGUGGGUUUGGAAGGGGGGGGUCCUGUAUUUCUCUCAAACCUUGUUUUGUUUUUUUCCUCCCCUUGUUCAAUAUUUUUUCCUUAAAUAAACUUGGAUUGUUGAUUUGUCUAUAACAAAAGACUGCUUUUAAUUUCGAUUCAACAUGACAUGAUGUACUACUGUAUCUUGACCUGAAUAAAGUAACACAAAAUGUGA